GUGAGCGAGCAAGCGAUUGAUCCACUGAUUGCGUUGUAUUGCAUUGCAUUCCAUUCCAUUCCUACCGUAGCCUGCUGCGAGACGCAGAACUAUGCCAACCAUUCCGCAAUGAACCGGGAAGGCCCCGCCCGGCCGGAAGCAGCAGCACCCCCUUCCGCGGGAGAUACCCGCUUGGCGUUGCCGCCGGGCCACCGGUGGAGGCCUCCGGGCGAAGAGAGGGGCACCCGGCGGCGCGGUCCAUCGGUAUCGCAGCCGGGGCAUUCCGGCCCCGGCCGGAGGGCUUUCCCGGACAAGGCGGCAGACCCGUCCGCCCCUCUGGGCAUCGCCAGCACCGACGGGGGGAGUCGAAUCGGAACAAGAACAACAGAAACAACAAGAACACCAAACACGAACCAAAACCGCCGCCGCCGGCGAAGGCCUAUUCCCGGCGGUUCCUUCUCCGGACCGGGUCGUCCGGCCGCUCCGGGGGGGCACCAACCACCCGGGAGCCGUCCGCGGAGGGCCCGGGUGGUCUGGGCUGGCAUCGCGGCCUGCCUGGCCACCGCGUACGGCUUUCUCGCUUUGGCCACCUUUCGCCUCCUCGCCCUCCGGCCCUGGGAGCCCCGCCACCGCCGGCCGCGGGCGGGCACCGACCGGGGGGUCCGCCACGGUGGGCUGCCAACGGCGGCCCACGUUUCCUUCGGAGCAAAUACCGACGCCCGGAACGCCACGAUCCGCCACCCGCCCACCAGCACCAAGACGGUCCGGUUCCGGCGCAGGUACCCCCGGAUGAUCUAUUUCCUGCACAUCCACAAGUCCGGGGGGACCUUUGUCUGCCAGCAGGCCUUUCGCAACCGCCUGUCGGCCAACUACGAGCGCAACUGCAACGCCCGGGCCGACGGCCGGUGCUGCAGCGGGACCGACGUCCCGGGCGAAAGGGGUCCCACCAGCGGGGAACCCCCCUCCUUCUCGGCGGCCAGCCAGGCCGCCUUUGCGGAAAAGGCCCCCUACGACCUGGUGGCGGCCGAGCGGGAGCUCCCGGGGGUCCUCCUCCCGGAGCACUACGACUACGUGGUGGGCCUGAGGGACUCGCGGGACCGCUACCAGAGCCACUGGAACCACCUGGUCCGCGAGCGGCGCGAUGCCGGUUCCAGCAACACCAACAGCAGCAACAACAACAGCAACAACUUUGCCGAGUGGAUAAAGGGCCAGCCCGACAACUACAACGUGAGGAUGAUCUGCGGCACCCGCUGCUCGGCCGUCCCCAAGUACGGGAUCACCUUGGAGCUCUUUCGGCACGCCCUGGACCGCCUGUGGGAAGACGUUUCCCACGUCUUGUUCGUCGAGGACAUGGAGGAGUCCUUUGGGAGGUUCGCGGAGGCCUACGGGUGGGAGCCCUACGACCCCCCCGACCCCGGCCCUUCGCCGCGAACGGCCGGAGCCAAUGGUUCGGCGUGGGACCCGUACAUGUUUGUCCUGGACGACGCGCUCUACGAGUUUGCGAAACAAAAACAGGCGGACACGAGGAACGCGACCGGGCAGAACGGCAGGAGGAACGCGACCGGGGUCCCCGGCGCCCGGGGCUCUUGGAGGCGUCCCUUUCGGAACCAGGCGCUGGUCGAUGGGUACUUCCGGGAGGGCCCCUCGAGAAACUGCACGAACGCCUGCUGCGGGCGGUGCUCCGAGUGGUAGCGCAGCCGCGGGUUUGCGGGCGUUGCGUCUCCCGAUUGCAAGAAUGCCAUGGAAAUUGUGUCGUAGUUUUCCCCAGUGCAAGUGGAGUGGCAAAACCACCAGUAGUAUGUUAGUUUUUGCCUUCCUUCCACUAAUACUAGUGCCUCGUUUGUACAGGGGAUCCAGGCAAUGCAUUGCUAAAUAUUAUUUUAUCAUAACUACAUACUGGCUGUGAAAUCCACAAAACACAUAUUAUAUGAAUUUUUGUUCUUUUGGCCAAGAAUCAAGUCAAAUAAAGGUCAAACUUUAGU